GUAGCGUUUUCAGUGGGAGAAACCUAAGUACAGACAGAUCCAUGAUGGUGUACGUGCUGCCUCGUCUGCUCCCAGUUGUCCUCCUGAUUACAUUGCCCCCCUCAGUGUCCUCCUCAGCAGGGACAGGUUCUUUGCUUCCGUGUCAUCCUCGGUGGUUUCUGUUUGGGCAGAGAUGUUUAUCAUUCUACCCGGUGUGGAGCUCCUGGAGAGAUGCCAUUUUUCUAUGCUCUCAGUCUGGGGGUGACCUUGUAUCCAUCCACACGCCAGAGGAUCUGCAGUUUGUUGCCCAGGUAGCAAACACAAGCACUCCUGUGUGGCUGGGCGGUUCCCAGGAGCAACAGAAUGGCUCCUGGUUCUGGACUGAUGACACACCCUUCAGGAUCAGCAGCUGGAUCAGUGGCCCGAAAACAGCAGGAGUGGUUGGGGCUUGUUUGGAAAUGACACCUAAUGGUGGAGAACUGCACAGCUCCCCAUGUGAAGAGCUCAAGUUCUACAUAUGCUCCAUGAAAGCCAGCUCUGAUGUCAUCGAGAGCACCGAGGAGCAGCCUGAACCAGGUAUUGUCCCCGGCGUGGAUUUGUUUGAUGUCCUUUGGAGCAAAAGUGAUGCACUAGCAGAGGAGAUCCUCCACUCGUCCUCCUUCCUCAGAGAGCUGCGGUCUGGUCAUGUGACAGAACAGUGCUACUCCAGCUUCAUGCAGCAGGAGGCGCUGUAUUUGACCCGAGUCAGAAGCACUCUGGAGGUCCUGAUUUGUAAUCUAGAGGAGACUGACGACAUAAGGCCACUGCUGCUGGACACACUUAAACUCUACAGCAGCACAAAGCAGAGACUCCUGGCUUCACGUCCUCCACAGGUGCUCCAUUAUGCUCUCCAGCUGUACCACUCUGUGGUUUUGGAGGAGCCAGUUUAUUGGUUAGUGGCUCUGUCGGCCCGGCCAUGUCUACGUUACUUCCUGGCUCAAGAACUGCUUGAAGAGCCGCUGAUGUCCAGGUCCAUGACUAACAGCUUCUACCAGGAGUGGAGCAAAGACAGUCUGAAUGAGGUCACCUGGAUAAACAGGUACAAAAAGGUGAUAAAGGAGAAUCAGGAUCAUAUGGAUGUAUUUAAAGCCAUCAAUAUCUUCAGAGAGCACAUGAUGGCCCAGAAGGCUUUCUACAAGGCUCUGGUCUGUUCAUCUGAAGAAGGCAAACAAUGAAGGAGUAAAGCAAGACAAACAUCAUUUCUGGGAUGAAGGAAACAACUUUAACUCUCUUCAAUCAAGAAAGCUUGAUAAAACAAUCGCUGUGUUCUGAGGAGCUUGGAAAGAAAAGCAACUGGACUUCUUUGUUUCACGUUUCAUCUCUGAGGUGACGUUCAAGAAACUCAAAGAAGUCCAGUCAGUAUUCUUUCCAAGCUGUUUGGAUUACUGUUGUGGAUUUAUUAUGACAUAUUUAUGACAUCAUAUAUACAAUAUAUAUACCUAUACUGGACUAUUUUAUAUAAUGGAAUAACUGUGUUAAGCAUCUAACCUACAUGUUCAAAUCACAAGACCCACAUAUUUAGGUCCAAUAUUAUCUUCAGUUAUAUUAACGAGGUUUGUGCCACUUGUUUUAUGAGCACGUGUUGAUCAGUACUGUUUGAAAUAUAGUAAUUAGGGUCAAUAAGUAACCUUUGAUCGUGUUAUGGCCAAGGGUGACAAGACCAAACAGGGUUAAUUCAACUUGGCACUGCUAAGUGUGCCCAGGACCCUCUUUUUCUGCUCAUCUUCAUUGUCCCACGUUGUGAACAGCCCUUCUAUAGCACAUAUGGUAAAAAAAAAAAAAGCCUGGCGCCACUGAGGAUGCACCUGGCAUUCUGUUUUCUAGCCUCAGGUGCCCAAUGUCGAGAAAAACCUUUCCUUAUCAAAUGUAGUCGCCUACUGCUGGCAACAAAACCUGACAGAAGUGUCAGGAUGAUUAACUGUUAACUUCUGGACUUACUUUGGCCAUAAAACUGACAAAGGAACGCAAUUAUAAAUGAUGGAUGCUGGGAAUAGUGCUCAGAAAGUUGUGCAACACAUAUGUUGGAGAUUAAAAAAGGAACAAAGUGCAAGUAGGAAUGACAACUUAUUGGGAAAAAUAUUGCCAACACAUUACAUCGAUAACUGGGAUAAUAUUGAUUUAAGAAAAUACUUAUUAGUUUAAAAUUAAUACGGUCCAAGUAAAAAGCAAGGAAUGAAAAGUUACACAGCAACUGGAGGAGGGGUUGUGGACUCCUAUGAAAGGAGGGUCAGAUAUGCCCCGACCAGUUUUUUUUCCUGUCUGUCAUUUUGUGUGUCUCUGCUGUUUGUGCUUAAAGGCUCUGUACUCUGGGGUUCACUGUACUUGCUGGCUAUGUGUGUCUUGCUGUAUUAUACUGUUUCUGGCAUGCAUAUGACACUAUUUAAUAAACUCUGUUUGAAGAAUUC